AAGGGGGCUAAAGACCCCGUCCGCUGCCCAGCGUGACUCGCGUGACCGUGGGGGCUACGACUUAGAGGGACAUUUUCCUCCACUCCUUGCUGGGGAAGGAGGAUUCGCAGAGGAAGCCCCAGCAGACUCGGUCCUCCUCGGAGCCCGUCUUGGGGCGCACUCCCUGCCCGACCCGCCGGACUCCACCAUCCGCAUCUUCGCCUCGGACGCGCGCGAGGAACUACUUGAGGAAAAGUCGGCGCGGGCCAAUCAAGGCUGGCCGUUCAGGAUGCUCUUGCUGCAUUGCUUCAUGCCCUACCUCCUACUGCUGCUGCCCUCGACAUCCUGGACACAGAAGCUGCCCACUAGAGAUGAAGAACUUUUUCAGAUGCAGAUUCAGGACAAAACCUUUUUCCACGACUCAUCAGUAAUACCAGAUGGAGCUGAAAUUAGCAGCUAUCUCUUUAGAGAAACGCCUAAAAGGUUUUUCUUUGUGGUUGAAGAAGAUAACACACCCUUAGCAGUUACAGUAACUCCUUGUGAUGCACCUUUGGAAUGGAAGCUGAGUUUGCAGGAGCUCCCAGAAGAGUCCAGUGGAGAAGGCUCAGGUGAGCUAGAGCCACUUGAACAGCAGAGACAACAGAUUAUAAGUGAAGAAGGCACAGAGCUGUUCUCAUAUAGAGGAAAUGAUGUUGAAUAUUUUGUAUCCUCUAGUUCACCCUCUGGCUUAUACCAAUUAGAACUCCUGUCAACAGAGAAAGAUACCCACUUUAAAGUAUACGCUACUACAACUCCAGAGUCAGAUCAACCAUAUCCUGAAUUACCUUAUGAUCCAAGAGUUGAUGUCACUUCUCUUGGUCGCACAACUGUCACAUUGGCAUGGAAACCAAGCCCUACAGCCUCAUUACUGAAACAGCCAAUGCAAUACUGUGUGGUCAUUAAUAAAGAACACAAUUUCAAAAGCCUCUGUGCUGUUGAAGCUAAACAGAGUGCUGAUGAUGCCUUCAUGAUGGCCCCCAAACCUGGCCUGGACUUCAGUCCCUUUGACUUUGCACAUUUUGGAUUUUCUUCCAACAGCAACUCUGGCAAAGAGCGCAGCUUCUUAAAAUCAUCAUCAAAGUUUGGGCGGCAUAUCUAUUCAAAGCCUAGGGUUGACCUGGAAAAGAUAUGCAUUGGGAACAAGAACAUCUUCACGGUGUCUGAACUGAAACCUGAUACACAGUACUACUUUGACAUAUUUGCUGUAAAUACCAACACAAAUAUGAGUACUGCCUACGUUGGUACUUUUGCAAGAACCAAAGAGGAGGCCAAACAGAAGACAGUUGAUCUCAAAGAUGGGAAAGUUACAGAUGUGUUCAUAAAGAGGAAGGGCUCUAAAUUUUUGCGUUUUGCUCCUGCUUCAUCCCACCAAAAAGUUACUUUUUUUGUUCAUUCAUGCCUUGAUGCUGUGCAGAUCCAAGUCAGAAGAGAUAGAAAACUUAUCUUGUCUCAGAACGUCGAAGGAGUCCGUCAGUUCCAACUUAGGGGAAAGCCAAAAGCUAAAUACCUCAUUCGACUGAAAGGAAAUAAGAAAGGAGCCUCAAUGUUGAAGAUUUUGGCUACCACAAGGCCUAAUAAGCAAUCAUUUCCAUCUCUUCCUGAAGACACAAGAAUCAAAGCAUUUGAUAAACUUCGCACUUGCUCUUCGGUCACAGUGGCAUGGCUAGGUACUCAAGAACGAAACAAAUUUUGCAUCUACAGAAAGGAAGUAGAUGACAAUUAUAAUGAAGAACAAAAGAAAAGAGAACAAAAUCAGUGCCUCGGGCCAGACUUGAGGAAAAAAUCAGAGAAAGUCCUAUGUAAAUAUUUUCACAGCCAGAACCUACAAAAAGCAGUGACCACAGAGACAAUUCAAGGUCUACAGCCUGGUAAAUCUUACCUUCUGGAUGUUUAUGUCAUAGGACAUGGAGGACAUUCUGUCAAAUAUCAGAGCAAAUUGGUGAAAACAAGGAAAUUCUGUUAGUGUCCUAUAUAAAAAUCAAUGGAACAUUGUCCCCCUUUAAGUAUUCAGAUUGACUACAUAUGCAGCUGAGGAGUUGUGAACUGUAUUGGUACUAUGUAGAGAAGUUAUUAACAUCUAUAUUUAUGUUUACAAAAGUAGUUGUCCGGAGGGACUGAGCCUGGUGCUCUUAAUUGAUUUUUGACAGUUGCAUUACCAUGCGUCUGGUGGUCCACAUUUGAAACUCCGUAGAUAUCCAAGGUAGCAGGAAAUAUUGAAGGAACUGUCCUUUUUUCUUUCUUUUUUGCUCCCAUAUUGCAUGAAGUGCUUCUAAAUUAUUUUAUUACUCAGACAGCUGAGAUACAUCAUUCAAGUACCUUGUUAUUUCUUAUGCAGAGAAACACAAACAAAACUCCCCACAACCUCUAUCUCUCCUUGUAUGUAAAUUAUUUUAUAAAGUCUUGUUUGAAGUGUCUAUGUUUCCAUGAUUGUAAACUAUUAAAUAUCUUCCCCUAUUAAAGCACAGAUCUAAACUAAGUAUUAACUGGACUGCCCAGAAGUCCAUUUUAUUCCUAAUGUAAAUUUCUAUCAGGUUAAUUUUAAAUGUUUAAAUACUGUAUGUAUUUCAUGUACAAAAUUGUCAGACGUUAUAUUCCUGUACAUAAAAUUAAAAUAUUAGAUUAUA